UAUAAUAUAAUAAAACGUACUACUAAACAAGGUGUGGAUUAGGACAAAGAAUUUGGCACACCUAACGUUCCUAUUUACUAUCUUAUCAUAUCUCCACAAGAUAAGGCGGUAUCAACGAGCACACACAGAACCAGCACUCCAGUCGCCGACCACAAUACCCAGGCACCUGUUGUCGCUAAAAUCAAUAAGAUAAGUGAACACACAUAUAAUGUGAUUGAGAAAACAAGUGAAGUUAAAAUGGUUAACGCAAGGUUAGCGUUUUUUGUACUUUUGCUAAGUGCCAGUGUAAUAGGACAGGAGGAUGUUAUAGUUAAUGAAAAUGAAAGGACUAUAGAGGAAGUAGUACCAGAAGUAAAAAGUGAAGUUGUUAUAACCAGUGAAGCUACUAGUCCGAGGCCCGAUGAUGUUGAAAGCGUAGCGCCUGUAGAGAUUCUACCGAGCGCGCCUUUAGAAGUCAGGAGUGGGAAAUAUCAGCUGCAGGAUGGUCUGAGUGAAGGCCCAGUUGAUUUAGAAGCUGUAAAUGUUGGUGAUGAUCCUGCCAAUGAGCAGAGCCAGAGGCAACUUUUGAAUCCCACUACUACUUUGGCCACUAACAACGAAUAUGCCCACAUCGACGGACGCGUUCUCCCGGCGACCAGCUACCAGAACAAUGGGCAGCCGUACGUCAUCACCAACGCGCGUCUCCUGCAGAUCCGGGGCAACUUCCUCUACUGGUUCUACGACCAGGGCGGCAGCGAGAAUCUGGGGGAUUACCAGAGGGACAUUCAUACUUCCACGCCGCAGAUUCAUAAGAAUUUCAACUUCCAACUGCCGUUCUUCGGAUUUAGAUUUAAUUAUACGCGGAUAUCCAUGAACGGCUACAUCCAGUUCAGCGACCCCCCGGACCACUACACGUACCCCCUCUCCUUCCCCGUUCGAGACUGGCCACAGAUCAACGACCCCUCGUUCAUCGGCAUCUUCUUCAGCAAGUGCCGGAUCGGCAGCAUGAGGCCUGAGGAGCCGGAUCCAAGACGCCCUGGUGUCUACUUCAGGAUGGAUAGGGACUUGCAGACCCGCACAGACCAGCUAGGCGUGGAGAUGCGCGAGCGCAUAACGUGGGACGUGCGCGAAGGCGUCAUCGGCUCCGAGACCUUCUACCCCAAGCACGCGAUCACCAUCACCUGGAAGAACAUGUCCUUCGCCGGCGGUAUCGACAACUCAUUGUUCAUGACAAACACAUUCCAAAUGGUUCUCGCGACCGACGAAGUUUUCACCUACGCCAUCUUCAACUACUUGGAGAUCAACUGGAGCUCGCACACCGAGGCUGGUGGUGAUACCACGAACGGAGAGGGCGGUGUUCCUGCUUAUAUUGGAUUCAACGCCGGAAACGGAACCCAGAGCUACGAAUACAAACCGUACUCCCAGGCUUCAGUGCUGAGAGAUCUCACUGGACGAGGCUGGGCCAACGGCUUUCCGGGUCGACACAUAUUUAGGAUAGACGAAAAAAUACUUAUGGGGACGUGCAACAAAGAUAUAGACGGAGCCAAUCUUCCCCUAAUGUUCGCUCCAGAGAGCGGCAACAUGUUGGGAGGCACCAUUGUCAACAUCACCGGCCCCUGUUUCAACCCUGACGACAGAAUUACCUGCCGAUUUGACACGGAAGCCGUCAUCGGUGCCGUGGUCGAUAGAAAUAGGGCUAUAUGUGUACAGCCGCGUUUCUGGCAUAACGGCUACGCGAGAUUUGAGAUUGCGAUCAAUAACGAGCCUUAUAAGUGGAAGGGAAAAUACUUCGUAGAAACUCCAGCAACAGCGACAGAAAAGAUUUUCUUCACCGACAAUUCUAUCCAUGAACGCUAUCCGUCAGAAAUUAAAAUCACUUGGGAUCGGUUUAAUUUGACUUCUAACCUAAACGUGCAACUGCAGAUCGGAUUGUGGGGCUAUAAGGAGGUCACCAUCCGACCUCAAUUGGAGUUCAUUGACAUGAUAGAGACUGGCGUUUCGAAUACAGGAGAAUACGUUAUCAAUCCUCAGAACUUUAGGACCAGGGAAAAUUUCAUGCACCAGGAUAUGCAAUUUGGUUUCUUGCAGAUCAAUUUAACCACUCCGGAAGUUUACAAGAGCGUUUCUGUUUCUCCGGUUCUAUGGAGUCGACCGAUACCGCUUGGCUGGUACUUCGCCCCUCAAUGGGAGAGACUCCACGGACAGCGCUGGUCCCAAACCAUGUGCAACAACUGGCUCAGAACCGACCGUUUCCUUAAGAACUUCGCCUCCCAAGUCCCAGUCUGUCCCUGCACUUUGGAACACGCUUUGCUGGACAAGGGCAGAUUCAUGCCUGAUCUCGCUUGCGACAAGGAUACUAAUCCCACUUGUAGAUAUCAUUGGGGCGCCAUACACUGUGUCAGGAGUGGUGGUCCUAGCGCGGAAGGAUCUGGUCAACAAUGUUGUUACGACAAGAAUGGUUUCCUGAUGAUGUCGUACGAUCAGAUGUGGGGAUCCAGACCCUUGCGUUCCCACGAUUUCGGCUUCACUCCUUACAACGAAGCUAACAAGGUCCCAUCACUUUCCAAUUGGUUCCACGACAUGAUUCCAUUCUACCAAUGUUGCAUGUGGCAAGAAGAACAGGCGGUUGGCUGUGAAACAUUUAGGUUUGAACGACGCCCGUCACAGGACUGCGUGGCCUACCAGGCCCCCGGAGUUGCGGGUAUUUUCGGUGACCCACACAUUAUUACUUUCGACGAUCUCCAGUACACCUUUAAUGGAAAAGGCGAAUACGUGCUAGUGAGAGUAGACCAGCCUCAAAUCAAGCUGGACGUACAAGGACGAUUCGAGCAAGUGGCGCGCAACAUCUACGGACACGUCAACGCCACACACCUCACCUCCGUCGUGGCGGCCUCUAACAACUCCGUGCCUAUUGAGGUUCGUCUUCGACCCACGCACUCUCAAUGGAGGUACAGACUGGACGUGUUUGCAGACAACAAACGUAUUUACUUCGACCGAUCGGCGCUUCGAGUCCAAUACUUCCCAGGCGUAACGGUAUACCAGCCUAUGUACAUCUUGAACCAGUCAGAGAUCGUCAUCAUGUUUUCGUCUGGUGCUGGUAUUGAGGUCAUAGAAAAUAAGGGCUUUAUGAGCGCCAGGGUUUACCUGCCGUGGACUUAUGUGAACCAAACGCGGGGAUUAUUCGGAAACUGGUCCUUCGAUAUAAACGAUGAUUUCACGAGACCGGACGGAAUGAUUACGCCGGUGGAUCUCAACAACUUCCAGUCCGCGCACAGAGACUUCGCCCAAUACUGGCAACUAGGAGACAGAGAAGUAAAGGAUAUAGGAGUGGCCCUAUUCACGCGAGAAUAUGGCCGGACCGCCGCCUACUACAACGAUAACCAAUUCAUACCGAACUUCAUCAAAGAACCGGCGGACUUCCUCCCUGCAAACAGAUCGUUCGACGUCGCAAGAGCUAUAGAGAUCUGUCAGGACUCGUACCAAUGUCGAUACGACUACGGUAUGACCCUGAAUAGGGACAUGGCGGAAUUCACGAAAAACUAUUUGGCCUCUAUUACCAACAUCAAAGAAACCAACAACCGUCGUGUUAUCAGCUGUGGUGUCUUAGAGACUCCUCGAUUCGGCAGGAAGAGUAACUUCUUCUUUACACCAGGAACAAGGGUCAACUUCGAGUGUAACCAGGACUUCAUUUUGAUCGGCGACAAGCGUCGUGUGUGUGAGGAGAACGGCCGAUGGAACUUGCCCGACUAUGGGUACACCGAAUGCUUGCGUAACCAGGAGUACUCGCAACGCGCCCUAUUUUUGACGUGGGGCGUCAUAGUAGCCGUUAUUCUACCGCUAGGCCUCCUCAUUUGCCUCUUCUGGUUCUGGUGCUGGUUCAAACCGCGCUCCGAAGGCAAACAGGGAUUCCGUUUCGAAGAUAUUCCGCGCUCGAAAUCUGCCUCGCGACUCAAUCUCAGAUCAGCCUCAAUGGGAAACUUAACUGAUACCAUGAAAUCAUCCACGCUCCGAAGCGAUUCGGAUGUCAAACCAAAAUUACCCGAUACUCCCACAGAAGAACAGCCUCUUGCUACAGCGAAUAUCACUAGGGCAGCCCCUCUCCCACCUGAGCCUCAGGACGGUGAGAGCUCCGGAAUAGGUUACACCGAUUCAAGUAAAAGUGACUCGGGCAAAUCAGACAAAUCCUCUUUACCCAAAAAGCGUAGAGGCUAUGACAAAACUUACCGAACUCACGAGCCUCUACCCAACGCUCCUGACGUGGAGUUCCCUGAAAAACUAUGGGACCUGUCUGAGGAAGACUUGCUAUCCCUUACUUCACCAUCCGAUUCGGGGUCUAACCGAGAUUCGACUUUAACUCGUCCUGCAAAAGACAUCGAGUACGUUAGCAGACCUCGUCAGACCGGGCGUCACGCUCUUCCCAGUGACUCUGGCUAUUCUACUAAGGAUGGUUCAGAAGAUCCAUACUCCCCUAAGUACGAAGGGCAGUACAGCCCUAUUUCGUCGCAUUACUCCCCGACUUACUCUGAAAUUUAUUCCCCACCGAUCAGUCCUACUUCUGACACAAGUCCAAGGAAUACUUUUAACAAAACUGGUCUGCCGGAGGCUCCCAAGAGUGCUCCAGCAGACGAAAUAAAGACUUUCACCCUUCCACCCAAAAGGGGCAACCAGGAGUACUCCUCACGAACCCUCGGGGCCACUUGGGGCAUCAUCACCGCCGUCAUGUUGCCCAUCGUCAUCGUGCUCAUCUGCGUCGGCUGGCGCAUCCUCAAGAAAAGGAAGGCUGAGGAGAAGGAGGAGAUCGAUUAUAUGAUCAAGACCCGAGCCAUCGACCCAGACGAGUCCGUCAAAGUCAACUCUGACGACGAAAGCAUACCCUACAAGAAGGAGUCUGCAGAAGACAGCCCUCUGCCGACGGAACCAGUGAAAGUUGAAGACGCUCCGUUCAACUACGGCGUGUAUCCGGCUCAACCGUUCCAAGCGCAAAGCUUCCAGCCAGCGGGCUAUAGCGCACAGCCCUACGAUGAAUCGGGACUGCCUGAAACUGAAGUAGGUUUGCCGGACCCUGAGGUCCGGUUGCCUGAAACUGGCCAGUCUAAAAAUCAGGAGAGGCCGUGGUCUGGGGAAACAGAGAUUAAUUAAGAAUGUUUAGUGUGUAGUUACAUUUUAAGGCAACCUAAACCUACCUUUUAUAAAAUUAAACUAAUUUUGACCGAAUCAUUUG